AUGAGAGAUUUGUUUUUAAAACAACACGUUGUUUACACUUUAUUAAAAGUUCUUGAUAAUUUCAAAUUAAAAUGGUCAGAAACCUGAAAACACGUCGUCAAAAAAAGUACAAUUACGAUAAGAAUCGUAAAAACUUAAAAAAGAAAUUGAAAAGUACUGGAAAAAUCAAAUGUCCUGAAAUAAAAAAUGCUAUGGAUAAAAGAAGAACAUUAACAACUAACAUUGAUGAUAUGGGAUUGGCUUUUGAUGUGAAUAAAUCAUUGGGAUUGCCAAACAGCAAAAGGGACAGAAUUAAAUUUGUGAAGAAACUUCAAAAUGGUUUUGUUGAAGAAGAUCAGACUGACUCUGAAAAUGAAAAUGAAUCUAAGACAGAAUUAGCUCCGAAACAUGAAGUUGUUGAAAAACUCGAAAGAGAUGCAAAAGAGCUAAGAGAAAGUAAAUUUCGACUUCCUAAAGGACAAGUUAAGUUCAUAAGUUAUUUAAUCGACAAAUACGGUUUGAACUACAAGAAAAUGGUCAAAGAUCACAAAAAUUAUGAUCAAGAGACUUGGAGACAACUUCGAGCUAAGUGUCGCAAAUUCAUGUCAAUACCGGAACAGUUUUCAAAAUAUUUAGAAGAAAGAAAUCUUGUUGAUUGUGAAAUCAAUCCACUCGAUCCACAAUGGCAAGAAACAAACACAGAUAUUGAAGAUGAAUAAACAAUUAUCUAAAAUUAUAUUAUUUAUUUUAAAAUCCUUUAACACGUUGUGAUAAUUUUUUCGUUUUUGGAACAUUUUUUUCUUGAUUAAAUUCUUCUUUGAUUUCUUCAUUUAAAUCUUCUUGAAAAGUUUCAAUUAACUCGGAAGUGUCCAUUGUUUCACCUUCUAGAUGAACAUCAUCAUCCAACCAGCGUCUUACUUUAUCUAUUGCCUUUUCUUCAUGUAUUAUGUUUGUUGACAAAGCUUCUGAGAAAGGAUUUUGCUGAACGUUUACUUCAUCCAAGUCCCAUUCGUUAAGAAGAAUUUGCGACAAAAUGUCUUUAAAUUCUUUUGCUUCUUCCAAGUCAAUCCGCCAACUUUCAUUCCUUCUCAUUUGAAAGUUAUUCUCGUAAUCAAUUUCCAGAUCUUCAUUGUUCAAAAUAUUUUUCAUCUCAUCAACACGAUAAACAUCAGUAAACAUUAAUUCAGGAUUAUCAAAACGUUCAUCUAAUGUCAAUUCUUUAUUGGGAUCUUUUUGCAUACUCAAAGCUUUAUCCCAAUGUUCAAAAUUCUUCACCAAUCGCGUCUCGUUUGAAAAUUCAUCUUCCUCAGUCAUUAAGAAACUUUUGAAAACAUCACCGAGAGAAUUUUGUUGGAAAAGUACAAUAAAUGAGUCAUUUUUUCCCGCUGUCAUUGCAAUUCCUGUUGUACAAAGUUCAGUUCGAUGUUUGAUUGGAUCUGACAACAAUAAUUUUCCUUUUUCUCUUAAUUUAUUGUAAGAUUGUUUGAUAUUUUUUGGUUUCACAGGCAGUCGAUUUAUCGACCAUUUUUUUGCUUUGCCCAUGUUUUCGCAAUUGAAAACUUUUAAGUCGCCUUGAAGGUUACUAGAGAGACAAAGAACUUCAGCAUCAUCGAACUUUAUUGACUUCAUCAUUGUUGGUUGUGAUACGAGCUGAUGACUCCAGUAAAAUAAAACAUUCUUCGGUUUUCUGAGAUCAAUUCCAUAAAGCAAAUGUGAGCUGGCAACGAAGAGAACGUUGCUUUGAAGUGAUGUUUUAUGAUAACAAAGCUCUUCGCAAUUCAUAUAAAAAUUUGUUUUAUCGAAAAACGGAUAAAUUUGUUCAUCACGUGAAUCAACGAGGUUCAAUGAAUUAAUGUUUAAAUAACUGAGAAUAUUCUCGUCAAUAGUAUGAAGUGACAAUGGAAAAUAAUUCUCUGUGCUGUUAUUAUUUGGUAGCUUAAGAUGAAAGUUAACUGUUUGCCUUGAAAUAUCAUAUUGAAGUAAAGAAUUAUCAACAUCAGCAGCUGAAAAACAAUUUCCUUGCAAAGUUGCAGCGCUGAUUUCAUUAAUCCAUUCAAAUCUUUUAUUUAUUUCAAGAUUUUCUUGAUCUUUUGAUAUCAAGCUUUUGGUGAUGAAGUUGGCAGAUUUUUUAUGGCGAAUUGCAAGAAAUUGAGAAUCUGCUGAAAUAAUCUCGUAAGGAUAAUCAUCACUGUCAAAGUCAUUCUUUGUGUACAUAAAAUGUGAUUUUGGUGACAAUAAUCGUACACCGAAGUUACUACACAUUGAAGGCUGUGCGAGAUAAUUUUUGUCAUGUACAGUUAGGUCAAUUAAAUUUCCUCCUGCAAAAUGCCAGUCGUAUUCAGUUCCAACAUUAGGAGCAGGGUCGGAUUCCAUUUGCUCUAUGUAUUUGAUCAUUCCUUCACUAAUUUCACCAGAUAAACAUUUUUCAUCUUUAAUACGAUGGUGGAAUAUUCGCUUUUCCUCAGCAAAAUCUUUUUUCUUCCACACUAAAUUCAUUGCUGGAUCUUUCAAUUUUCUCUCAUAAUUAAUCGUAAAUAUCGGAACUGGAUAUGACGAUCCUUUAAUCAACUCUCUUGGUUUACAUGGUUUCUUUGUCUUCGAAUGAAUCAUUAAAUCAUGAUGUGGUACCAAUCUGAAUAUAACAGAGUUGGGAUGUAAAUUGUCAUAAUAUUUAUUUUGAUGGUUCCU